UUCUAGCAAGCAAAUCCUUUUUUAUUUAUUUAUAAAUAAAUAAAAAUCAGAAAUGGUGGCACCAAAGAAAAAAGUGUCUGAAAACUAUGAAGAAUCCAGGAAUAAAAGAAUGGAAGAAAACAAGAAGAAGUUGGAAGAUUUAAAACUCACUUCUUUAGCUCUUUCUCUCAAACUCACUUCAACUCCUAAUAAAUCUUCAAUGAAGAAGGUGAAGAGGACACCUCGAAAGCCGCUGGAUCUGUCUACUGUGAGAAGGUCUAGUCGGGUCGUGAAGAAGCCACCGGCAAUUUACAAAGAAGAGCCUAUUGAGAUUUUGGGAAGGCGUAGGAGUUAUGGCAACAAAGUAAGGGAUUUAUCAAAUCGGGUAUAUGCUUCUGAUGAAGAUAGAGAGUAUGCUUCAGGGAGAGCAGACGAACUGCACUCCACUCUGCAACCUGGUUUCCCGAGCUUUGUAAAACCAAUGCUUCAAUCCCAUGUUUCGGGUGGAUUUUGGCUGGGUCUUCCCAUCCAUUUCAAGAAACAUCUUCCUAAACGUGAUGAGAUAAUGACUUUGGUUGAUGAGGAUGGGGACGACUGGAAAGCAAAGUACCUUCCCAGAAAGACAGGACUCAGUGGCGGAUGGAAAGGGUUUGCUGAAGAUCAUAAGUUACUUGAUGGAGAUGCACUAGUUUUCCAACUCAUCAAACCGACAGUUUUUAAGGUUUACAUAAUAAGAGUGAAUCAAGCCGAUGAUAGUGACAAUGUUUGAGAAGUGACAACAGUUGAUCGUGUUAGCAGCAGGUAGGGAUAUCAUGUUUUUGCUGGUUAGAUGGAACAGAACUCAUUCCGGACUUAAUGGCAUAUGCAAGUGCAUCUUUCUUAGUCAUUGAACUUAUUUUUUGUCAUAUUGAAUGGCUGAGAAAGAACUUAUAAACUAUGGCUUGUGGAUCAAUGGCGAGAGACGGUAGAUCAUUAAUCACUUGUCAGCUGGGUCAGUCUAUUUUAAGUUAAAUGUGAUUGUUCUAGUUAUUUGAACAUGUCAUCAAACAUUAAUGGUGUGAUUAACUAGAAAUUCACCUAAUUUUUUCUCAUGCUUUUUAGUACUCAUUUAGAAAACAAAUAUCUGAAUGACGUCGAAAAGCUUAAAAAUAAUUAUUAUCUCCUGGAUAUGAACUUUUAUUUCUAAUGAUUCAACAAUU